CGUCUCCCCCCGUUCGUCCGGACUCUCAAGGCGGCGAGCUCCGGCCGCCCCGCAUCCUCGACGAACUUCCGGAGAUUUCGCUUCGAUCCCAAUUCGAACCCAACUCGCGCGAGGAGAUUUGAGAGAGGGUUUGGACUCCCAGCCCGGGAUGUACGGGCAAGGAGGGGGCUUUAACCCGCACUUCCGCCAUGCCGCACCGCUGCCACCACCGCCGCCGCUGUCGCAGCAACCACUGCCCCCGCCCCCGCCCCCGCCCCAAGAACCGCAAGCUGGACCGACGGGUGGCUUCCAGCACCAACCGCUACCACCGCCGCCGCCGCUGGGGCAGUACCAGCAGCAGCCCCCAGCAAUGCGCCCGCCGCCCGGGCAGUACCAGCCGUAUCAGAAUCAGGCCUACCCCUACGCCCACCUCGGCCAGAUGAACCACAUGCCAAUGCCACCACAGCAGCAGAGGGGUUUCGGGCAUAUGCCGAUGCCAGGGCCGCUGCCGCCGCCGCAAGCGAUGUACCAGCAGCAGCCCCCUCCGCAGUAUCCCAUGCCAGGGUCUCUCCCUCCACCGCCGCCGCGGCCACCAAGCAUUGCUCCAGAAGACCUGCCACCUCCCCCUCCGCUGCCCCCGCCGCCACCACCACCAUCUUCGCCCCCUCUUAGGCCCCCCUCCCCGCCAGUUGCUCCUACAACUGCACAGUCACCUGCCGGGCCAGAAGGCGGCCCGGAUGGUGGCCCUGGAGGCAAAAAUGAGGAAGCUUCAACUGAGCUAAUUGUGUCUGAUGACUCGGAUAUGGAUAUGGAUGGGGAUGAGGAUUCACCAUCAAGGGUACAUCUGACCGUAGCCAAUUCUUCCCCUGUCGCUGCUGCCAAAUGUUCUGGAGAUAUUAAUGCUGUUAACGUGCCAAAGGCUGUUAAUGACAUGUCCACCCUUGGCAGUGAUUUGCCACCUGGUAGUGGUACCACAGACAAGUCUAAAACUGGAAAUGUGACUGUGGAAGCUGGGAGCCAAUUGCAGUUAAUACAACAAGGCUACGCCUCGGAUGAUAGUGAGGAUGAGGAGCACACUGGUGCUUCCAGCAACCCUGUGCCAUUGCCUGAAGAUAAUGAGCCGAGUCAGCCAAGUGAUAGAAAUACUGAAAUUGGUCAUCACCAGGUUACUAAUGCAGAUGAAAAUAUGAAUGCAGCGCAAAAUAACCAACUCAAGGAUGAGAGAAACCCAACACACAGUUCAGAUGAGCUUGGGUAUCCCGUCAAAGACAGCUUAAGUGGCAGUGAGUCUGUUGGAGUGCAACAGAGUGAAAGGCAGGGGAGGAUCCAGCCUAAACGAAUCCGCAGUCACUCACCUCAGGCUAGGAGGAGCCCUUCUGGAGAAAACAAGCACAGUCCAUCCCCAAGUUCAUCACUUGGAAGGCAAGGCAGGUCGCCACUUGCUAAGCGGGCUCAUCUGCAGCAGAGCAAAUCACCACACCAAGAGAGUUUGCUACCAGGACAACCAUUACUUGCAAGUUCAGAAUUACCCCAGAUGCAGUUUCAGCCAAAUGCUAUGGCACCGGCUAAUGAUUUCAUGCAGAACCAGAUAAGAAGCUAUCCCGCACAAGAUCUUUCUCAUCCUAGGCCAUUGGAUUUCCAUCCUCAUACCCUCCAGCCAGUUGUUCCUUCUCAACAGCAACCUGCUGCCUUUCACCCUGAUGAGUUUAAGAGGCCUUUUCCUGUUGACAGUGCCCCAGUUCCUCUUCCAGAUGGACGGCCGGAGUUUUCUGGUGGUGUAGGUCUGCCUUAUUCAAGUCACCAGUCUUCAUAUGGCCAGCAACAGCCUCCUGGCAGUUUGGCUUCGGGCGCUAACAUAGUUUACCCAUUCCAGAUAUAUCCAUCAAAUCUGCCAGGAAGUAGUGACCUAGGUCCUGUAUCUGAUGCUGUUCUGCCUAAAUCAUCUAUCAAGCCACAUUACAACCCAUUUGCAUCUACCUUUGAAACAGACCCAACUCUAGAUAUUGGUCCUGUUCUAAGCCCAAAUGCAGUUGUGUCUGCUUCAGGAAAAUCAUUAGAGCACAUCAAUACACUUAGUCCUUUCGGUCAAUCUGUUCCUGGAUCUGGAAUUCGUUUCAAUGGAAGUUCUGCAGAAGUUAUGCCUAGUCGUCAGAAGCAAUCUUAUCCUGGUUUUGCCUCUAGGGGUCCCUAUGAUCCACUGCUCGAUAGUAUUGAACCCUCAAGCAAUUCAAUCAACAAGAUGGAUCUUGGUCAGGAGGCAAAUCUGAGUGCCACUGGUAGUCGCAAUGCAUCGAAACUUGUUAACAUAGAAGUUGAGAGUAAAAAUAUGCACGGACUCGGGCUUGUUGCCGAAUCAGAAGUUGGAGAAGUUGGAGAGGUAGCAGCAGAUACUGAAACAGGUGUGGUGGAGAAUGUAAGUCCUGAGCCGUUAGGUGCUAAAGACUGGAGCUCAGAUGUCCCUGGUGAUAUGGACAAUGACCAGUCGUUGGAUGUAAGCAAGAAGGGUAAAGAUUCCAGAUCAAUGAAGCUUUUUAAGGUUGCUAUUGCAGAUUUUGUUAAGGAAGUCCUUAAGCCAUCAUGGAGGCAGGGAAACAUGAGCAGAGAGGCUUAUAAAAUGAUUGUCAAGAAAACAGUUGAUAAAGUUUCUAGUGCAGUCCCUGGCAAUCAUAUACCAAAAACACCAGCAAAGAUUAGACAGUAUGUCCAGUCUUCUCAAAGGAAAGUGACUAAACUAGUAAUGGGCUAUGUUGACAAGUAUGUGAAGUUAUAGCUGGACCAGUAAAUCACUGAAUUGUACCAUGGACUGGGCCAAUCAGAACAUACUUGCAGUUAGAGAACAUGUGAUGGAUACCACCAAUUUAGGCCGCAAGCUGUGUAAUGCUAUUUUGGAGCAUCUGUUUGCACGAGAUGGUCCUUUAGCAAUAAGGUAUUUUUGUAUGUAGUUCUGAGGGAACACUGUAUUAAAAUCACGUGUUUACACACACAUGUUCCAUAUUCUGAGAAAUGGCUGCCCUAGUCAACUGUAAGAUGCUUUUGGUGAUAACUUUUUCCAUUUCCAGCCAACACAAGAUAAGUGAUAGCCUGAUAGUAGGAUGGUCUAUUUUUUUUUCUUGUACUGGAUUCAUCAACAUGCCGCUGGUGCUGCGGAGCAGGGUCUGCCUGUUAGGUUAGAACAUUCAUUUUCUGUUUUUGUACUAAAGUGCAUGAGCAGACCAAAGUCACGCUUAACUUCACCUGAUGAUCUCUGUCUUUUAAAUCUGAGAAAGCGUAACUGGUUUGUUUU